AUGGAACAAAACAGUCAGACACACUCGCAGAGAGGGCAGCCGAGGUGUUAUCAGAGCAGGAACACUGUUCUUCCUCCCAGAGAAUUCCUGGAAGAGAGCAAAAGCUCACACAAAGACCGGAAGAAGGAAUAUGAGAGCGUGUUAUCUUCUGUACUCCAGAAGAAGCGUGUUCGUUUCGGGGCGCCGCUUUCUCCGGAGUUCUUUGACCGAUCUCUCCCUCCCAGUACCCCUCUCCAGAGAGGAGGCACCCCGAAACACCCUCCAUCAUCGGCGGGCCCUAAACGCUCUCUGCUGAAGACCCCUCAGCGCUCCGAUCCUCUUCCCCAGCCUGACUUCAGGAGUCCUCCGAGCAGUGGAGCCUCUCCUGUGCUGCUUCCACACACACUCAGUGAUGCACUGGAGCCUAGCGAUGAAGUGUUUGAAGAGAUCGAGAAGAUCAGUUUUCCCAGUAUGGAGGACGAGUCUCCUUCUGAGGACUAUGCAUUCUCUGCUGAGCACCGAGAGCAGCCCCAGGCUGAAGACGCUGAAGUUAUGAACGCUGCUUUUCAAGAGGAAGAGGAUGAAGUGUUGAAGUCACAGACGGAGGAAAAGCCAUCAUGUCCCUCUGGUGAUCAGCCACUGGAUCUCUCCGCAGAGGAUGACCAGAAGUCUUCAGCUAGCUCUGAACAGACUCUUUCAUGUAACUCCAGCAUUAAAGAAACUCGCUCUCGCUGCAGAAAAAGAAAGCAAGCAGGAGAGAAGGAGCCUGAGAAGAGGAGAAGCUCUCGAACAGCAGCAGCGUCUGCUUCAGGGAGGAUGAGGAAGACGUCUGGAAGAAAAAGAGGAUUUGGUAAUAAGGAGGUGGAUCGUUCUCUUUAUGGGAAAAGAGACUUCGCCUCCAAAAACCCUCUUCUCAGCCCUAUAUUUGAGAGGACGUCUAGCAGUCUCAACAGCACGCCAACACAGCCUCAAUCAGGAAAACACAUAGAUGGAGAUCAAGACUGCGUUCAGACUCCCAGCGUUCCCCAAAGCGAGACGGUUCAUCCCACGGUGAGUCUGGAUACCGCCUGUACACGGACCAAUGAGAACCAGCAGACCUUGAGCUCCGCUCAGGAUCCUGCAGAGACAGGAAACUUGGCGUCAAAGGCUUCCAAAGCCAGACGUGAUUCAGGGAGACCCGUGCGCAAGCGUCGUAGCUCAUGUGCAGACACAAGAAAGGAGCUUGACAGUCCAGCUAUUAGCAGUGAAACUGAGAGCCAGAAGCAGCCUGGAUGUACCUCAGUGUGCCGAGACAGUCCAGAGCAUCAGGAAACCAAACGCUCUGAAACCCAAGAAAGAGAGGCUGUGAUGAGCUGCAAGAUAGACUCCAUAAACACUGAGAGCUUGAAGGAGCAGCUAAGUGAUGAAAGCGAGAGCAGCACUGGACACACUGAGCCUGGUUUGGCCCCCUGGCAGCGAGCGGACUUCAGCAUCGAUGACAUCCUGAAGCCGGUGUCGAGGAGUCGAGGCUCUGUGCGACGCAGCCUGAGGAACCGGAGGAGCGUGGACCUUCAGGCUGUGGGCCUGGCCUGGGUGGACCACACGUCUCCAGAGCUCAGUAAAGCGAGCCGGAGGAAGACACGAGGAAGACUCAGCGGGGUUUCUGAGCCACUUCUCUCUCAGGAACCAGCUCCAAACUCUCCGCAAUCUUCUGUGUGUCAGUUAACCGUUUAAUCACCGCCGAAUGAACUUCUGAUAAAAUACUGCUUUGUUCUCUUAUGUAAUGUUUUAAAUUUCUUUCAUUGUUUUUUUUUUUUUUGCAUUUUAGUGUUGAUGGAUGAAAGAAGAUUGUAUUAUUGUUAGAUGACUUCUACUCAUUAAAUCUUCUCUUGGGUGAAUGCAUCACUGUUCCUGUAGCAAUCUCAUAUUCUUUUACAGAAAUGGACAACGUUGUUUGUUUUAUUAUUUUUAAUUUGCCUGCUUCGCAGUUUAGUCGUGCAAAAUACAAUAUUUGCAUCCAAACCUUCAACCAUUGUUUGUCGUUCACAGAGCUUUAGCGUAGAAAAUAUAAUGCCUGCUUUAAAUAUCACAUGGAUGAUUAUCAUCUUUGAAACUAUCAACAGAAAAAAAUAUAUAUUUUGCAUAGAAAAUA